GUACGUCAGCGGAACCGGAAGAGUUGAGAAUGAAUGGGACACCCGCUGCAGUGGAGCAGCUGAUACGAGAAGCCCCACAAGUUCCACAAAAUGGAGCGGUCUGGCCUCCCCCUCCUUCGCCACAUCUUGUCCUCCUCCACCAGGACGCGCUGCCUCCACCGAAGGGUCCUCGCAGCCUCCCACCAAAGCCCCGUCUCAGUUCACGGCUGCCAGCACCGCCGGCGUGUGAGCACAGUCCUCAGCCAGCACGUACAGGACCUGAGCGGCCCCGAGCAGAGACUGCUGACUAAACUAUAUGAAGGACUGAUCGGAGGACAGCGGGCGUCUCUGGCCGAGUCCAUCACUCUGGUGGAGACGAAGCAUCCCAGGAAGAAAGAGCUGGCUCAGGUGCUGCUGCAGAGGGUGCUGGCCUACAGGACGGAGCAGGAGGUUCGAAAUGGAGGGAAGCCGGUGGCCUUCAGAGUAGGUCUGUCGGGUCCUCCUGGAGCAGGGAAGUCUUCCUUCAUCGAGGUUGUGGGGAAGAUGUUGACAGAACGUGGACGUAAAGUGUCAGUGCUGGCUGUGGACCCGUCCUCCUGCACAACAGGAGGGUCUCUGAUGGGUGAUAAGACUCGUAUGACUGAACUGUCCAGAGACAUGAACGCCUUCAUCAGACCGUCACCGACCUCUGGAACACUGGGUGGAGUCACCAGAACAACCAAUGAGGCCAUCGUUCUCUGUGAGGGAGCAGGAUAUGACAUCGUCCUGGUAGAGACUGUAGGUGUGGGUCAGUCGGAGUUUGCGGUGGCCGACAUGGUUGACAUGUUUGUGCUGCUGAUUCCACCAGCAGGGGGCGACGAACUCCAGGGCAUCAAGAGGGGCAUCAUCGAGAGGGCCGACUUGGUUGUGGUGACAAAGUCGGACGGAGACCUGGUGGUGCCGGCGAGGAGGAUCCAGACAGAAUACACCAGCGCUCUCAAGCUGCUCAGGAGACAGUCCAGAUCCUGGAAUCCAAAGGUGGUGCGCGCCUCCUCUUACACCGGUGAGGGCAUCCCGGAGCUGUGGGCCAAGAUAGAGUCUUACAGGGACGCCAUGUUAGCCAGCGGUGAGCUGCAGGGCCGAAGGAGGGCCCAGCAGAAGGUUUGGAUGUGGAGUCUGAUCCAGGAGAGCGUCCUCUGCCAUUUCCGAAAUCACCCCAGUGUCGGGGAGGCUCUGCCCCACCUUGAGGAGAGGGUCACCAAAGGAGCCAUCUCUCCAGGCCUGGCUGCUGACCUGCUCCUGAAAGCCUUCUCCUCAUCAUCUUCAUAGUUAACACUGGGACUGGAUGGACGUCAUGGUUCACCAGGGUCACACAGUGCCAAAAAAACCCACCAGGACUGAAUAAGAAUAUGUGAACUUGACCCUAUGGUUUGCACAAAAAGAAGCAGCCUUGCUCUUUCUACUCUUAAUUUUAAAUUUAAAAUACCUGAGGCAGAAGUCACCCGUUCCACCGACUCACCUUAAUCCAAAUCAGCAGAGGCCGGGCUGAACAGACACUUUUCCUGCCUCACCUUCAGCUUCAAGACAUUUGGAGAUCGGAGAGAAACAUUAAAAAUUGCAUAUGUGAGAGACAAUUUAAAGUCUGCUUGGACAAGAACACUACAACCUUCAAGAAGAUGUUGAAUAAAGAACUAAAUAAGUAGGAACAUGAGGAGGAUUGCAGAGGCCACGUUUUUACACUUGGAAAACAAUACACAAUACUGAUCACUUGUAAGAACAGUGUCUUCCGAGGGAGAAGCUGUGCCGUGAUAAAUACUGUCAUGAGGGAAUGAUCUGUGAUCAGUUAUUGACACACUUGCCCACAGAUUGCUUAUUGUUUUGAUGAGAGCACAAGGUUCAGAACACUGGGAUCUGUACAAUCACAUCUGUCUCUUGUUGUGGAAACGGUUCUAAUAAUGAACAAGAUGUUUUCUUAUUCACUAUGUUUGGAGUAGUGGAGUGGAAUUAUAUAUUAAAGAGUGAUGUGAAUCUUACAUAAGUGAAUAAGAUUGUAUCCAAGCUCAGAUUUCUUUCUCAUGUUUUUUCUUGAUAUGAAAAAGAAGGGACUGAAUAAUAUUAGUAUUUUAUGGUCCUGCGAUUUGUCCGAGGUGUAAACACGUUGUCUGUGCUCUGGAGCAGAAGUGUCGGUGCUUUGUUUCCCCUGAAUGAAUCUGCUCCUCACUUACUUCUAAUUCAGGCAGGACACACUUUCAUUUUUCAGAAUUUCCUUCAUAAAGCACUGCUCAACUCCACCAGAGAAUAAAAGAGAAGUCACAUACCCAUA